CGUGAAUCAUGGCAGAGGCUUUUGGUCUGGCUGCCAGUGUUUUCUCAGUCGCUGGGUUGGCAGGACAGCUGGCACAAGGCUCAGCGUUUCUCUACAACUUUUUCAAAGACAUCAGAAACGCACCAGCUGACGUUAGAUCAUUGUGCAAUGAGCUCCGAAUCAUCUCUUCGACUCUCACUACCAUCCAUCAAUCCUACGAUAUUCAAGACGCCGACCUAGAGCAGGCUCUGCGCCGUUGUGAGCAAGUUAUCAAUGGCCUCUCAACAAUGAUAAAAUCCAUCACGCCGGCGGAUGAACUUCCGGAGUGGAAGAAAAUUCGCCAAAGGUUUAUAGCAGCUCUGAACCGGUCAGAAUCAGCAAAACAUCUUCGCGCUCUGGAAAGGGCCAAAUCCAUGCUUUUGCAAUGCUGCACAAACAACAUGAGGAAAAGCCAAUCUGCUCAGGCGUGCAUCGCUGUAGACACUCACAACGUCGUUUUAGACGCCCAGAAGACGGCUAUUGACACCAUGAGCACCGUCAUUGACACCCACAGAGCUGUUGUCGAGACCCGGAACACUACUAUUGGCACUGAAAGGACCAUACUUGACACGCAGAGGAUCGUCGGAGAAAUUAGAGCAGGGACAUCAAGUAUCUGUGAAUCUAGUGUGCAAAUCAGGGAGAUCACCUCCGAAACUCGCACGCUGGUGAACAGAUUCGCCGACGACACUUCACAUAUGCGAAACGUGACUGAACGGAUCGAAGCUGCUUCGCGAGAGCUACUCGGAAAGCCUCAGGAUAUCGCACCCGAACUGCUACAAGCCUUUACCAAGGAAGUCCCUCGGAUAAUAUCCAGGACUGUCUGUCGGCGCCUCGAAAAGAUGCUGAGAGAACAAGUCGACCAGGGCAGCGGCAAGGGUCCCCACAUCAUCAACCCUGGAGAAUGUAGCACGGCCAGACUUCGAGACGGAAUUCCCGACGAGAGACCUUCUGCCUCACUACGACCGAGUUCAACUGAGAAACUUCCAGAUCAUCCCGCAGAUCACUGGGUCUUGAAGUCGUCAAUAUCAACCUCGAGGCAUCUGAUUUCGAAUUCCUUCCUGGGAUCCUUGACUAUCAGGACCACAGUCAAGUCAUACUCCCGGAAACGAAGUGAUGGUUCAGGUAGAGAUGAGAAAGAGGAGCGUCAAACGACAGUCACAUUUCUACCCGCGACCUGGCUCAUGUCGAAAGGUGCUGUCCUGGCAUACAAUACCUGGAAACGCAUUGGAGGUGGCGCACAUCAAAGCCCCAUUUACAGCUUAAAAACAGUCAAUAUUGUUCCGAGUGAUUCUAAAAUCAUCCAAGCUUGCGUUUCAUGUGAUUUAACAAGUAUACGAACUCUAUUCGACUCCGGCCAGGCUUCGCCUUUUGAUGUAGGCCCGGGUGGCACGAAUCUUCUUGUCUACGUCGCCACGAGCCCCAUCAUCCAAGGCGUAGAUAGUUUCAUGGGGCAGCACUCACUCCCAAGAUCACAGGCAUCAGAAACGAAAAGCGAAAUUGGAGAACUUCUCGAGAUGAUGCACAUAGUGAACCUACUCACGAGCCUGGGGGUUGAUGCUGGUGACCGUGACCUGAACAAUUUAAACGCGCUCACUAUGCUGUGUGUAGCCUGGCCAGCCUCCACUAAGCUUGACAAAUUCAGCUUUCUCCUCGACAAGUUGCUACUGGAGGCGAAAACCGACCCUUUCAGUUCUAACAACCCACUCCUGCCCUGCUACCACCCAACUCCAGUAGAAGUCCUGAUCCGUCAAAAGGAAUGGCGGUUGCAAUGGACUCCGCUGCAGUUCCUCGCGCUCUUCGAUUUCGGCCUGAUUCAUGACCUGAUAGACGUGCCCAGCCCAACCAGAUCAUUCGUUGAGUUCUGGACUGUGACUCCCGAUGCCGCCAUCGAGGCAUAUCUUCAGGCUAAGUUGAGCGUGGUUCAAAUUUUCUUAGCACAUGACACUUUCCCCGUGCAGAAAUUCACAAGCCUUGGGGAGGAAGCCAUUCAAAGGUUGAUUCACCAUGGAGGAGACGUCAUUGCUUUGCUGUCCGAGCAUGAUGAUGAUGGCAAUGAUCCACCAUGCCUGCAUCGGGUGCGAAAAUUGGUCCUAGUUAGCACUUUUAUGAUCACGGCACUAGGGCUUCUGUUGGAGUUUUGGUGCCCAUAUCUUGCAACAAAGGACCAGCACGAUGAAAUCUCUUUGCACGCCCAACAGCAUAACAUGCGGACCAUAAACAUUUGGAGGAAGGCACUGGAGAAGGCAUGUGGCAAUGCCCAAGACGCACAAUCAAACAAACCUCCUUCUAAUCAUGGUACCGGAAUUUCAGGAUGUGCUUCAGUUGAGCGAAGGGAUGAAGUCAAUAGUUUUGACGAAGAUGGAUGGGAGACAGAAGCUUCUGAUGGACCAACAUCGGGCUGGGAAACUGAGGAGGAGUGGGAAGAAGGAUACCUAUUGGACACCGCUGUCGAUAUUGGCGAUCGGAAUGCGACGACUACCUUGCCGGCACGUUUGAAACGUUGCACUCGCUGCAGAGUCGCUUCAAAUUGCGCAGCAAUUUGGGAAGAUAGGGACACGGCAGGGCUAAAUCUCCCUUUCCCACUGCGACUCGCAACAGACAGGGGUUUUCAGAUCAACGGUCGUGCUGUGCCCCGAUUUGAUUAUGAUGAGGACUACUGGCAGCACGUCUACGCUAGGUUUGGGUCGGAGGAAAGUGAUCGUUGUCUUUACGAGCCAGCGACAGGUCAAGUAUUGGAAACUCUGGCCAAGGCAUCCGAUUCAUUCAUCCUCGCUUCCAAGGGUCGCUGA